UUCCCUCAUGCAAAAAUCAAAUCAAAUCAAAUUUAAAUAUCCGCCAUGGCCGUGGACCUUGUGAUGAACUGCAGAAACAGCAGCUUCGUUUCUCAAUCGGUGGAUAAAUUCAAGAAGGUGAUGUCUUUCGUGGGGUGGGCCCGGACCGGCCAUGCCCGGUUCAGGAGAGCCCCCUUCUCCCGGCCCCGGGGAAGAGAAGAUCUACUGCCCCACCCCCAUCCAGCAGGUUCCGGCGGUGGAGAACAUGAGCUUCUCUUACUCCUUUGUCGAUUAGCCGAUUUCUUCUUCCUCCGCCUUCAAGAGGAAGUGCUCUUCGUCGGAAAACGCCAUGUGCUCCAAGAGGAAGGGGUUAUUACAAGUGUAGUAGUGUACGAGGCUGUCCAGCUCGGAAACACGUGGAGAGAGAUGUGGAUGAUCCAACAAUGCUGGUCGUCACCAAAGAAGGAGACCACACUCAUAAUCCCUCCAUCGCUGAAACAUGUACUGCCAUCAUCUUACAAUCUUCUUAAUUUUAUCAACUAA